AAUCCACGGGCGGGACCAGCCAGGCUGCGAGACUCCGAGCCGCCAAUGAGCGGAGCACAAGCGCGGCUGCCUGUCUUAUUAAUACAGACUGUCUUGGCCGUCUUUACAGCGAGUGCUUGCGGUGUGUACGUCCCAGCUGUGCCCGGGUUUUGGAGGUGAACGCGCAGCUCCAACCUCCGAACAGAGGAAGCGAGAGGGAGAACAGAAGAAAGACUAAAUCUUGCUUUCAACACCAUACACCGAUUGCACGGGAAUUACAUCGGGAGUGGGUCGCGACUUACUGCCAGCGGGCAUGAAAGACUGGUUUUAGGACCGUGGCGAGUGAAGUCGACUUCUGUCACAGUGAGCAUUGGCUUCAGAAGAUUCCCAGAAUACUGCGAAGAGCAUCUGUGCAGCCCAAUGUGGAGCUUACUCCUCACUACCUCCGCUGGUGUGUUAAAUCCAGACUGAAGUCGUCCGUUAUGGCUACGUUGUGCCUGGGGCUUUUUCUGUUCCUGUGCCACCCGGCGGUCGUACCUCCCAGGCCAGCUUUUGAUUUUAAUCGCGAUCUGGAGUCCAACGUGUUCCAAAGUCGUAACCUCUUCCAGCCGACGGUGUUUCCCAACGGUACCAUUCAGCGGCUGCCCCAGACCGUGAUCAUAGGCGUGAGGAAAGGUGGCACCCGGGCACUGCUGGAGAUGCUCAAUGUCCACACGGAGGUCACCGCUGCCCAGAGCGAGAUCCAUUUCUUCGACUGCGAGGGGAAUUACCAGAAGGGUCUCCAGUGGUACAGCACACAAAUGCCAUUCUCUUAUCCCAACCAGACCACGGUUGAAAAGACACCGGCCUAUUUCACUUCACCCAAAGUGCCUGAAAGAAUCUACAACAUGAACUCGUCCAUCCGGCUCCUGCUCAUCCUGCGGGAUCCAAGCGAGAGGGUUAUUUCGGACUACACUCAGGUAUUACAUAACCGGAUGCAAAAGCACAAGCCGUUUAGACCGGUGGAGGAGAUACUGAUCAGAGAUGGCCAGAUCAACGUUAACUACAAAGCAAUUGACCGCAGCUUAUAUUAUACCCAUAUGCAAAACUGGCUGAAAUACUUCCCCCUCAACCAAAUACACAUUGUGGACGGCGACAAGUUGAUCAGAAACCCUUUUCCUGAAAUGGAAAAAGUGGAGAAGUUCCUGAGGCUCUCGCCGAGGAUUAAUUCGUCUAAUUUUUACUUCAACAAGACGAAAGGAUUUUACUGCCUCCGAGACAGGGAGAAGGAGAAGUGCUUGCACGAGUCGAAAGGGAGACCCCACCCGCAAGUAGACCCCGUUGUGCUCAAUAAGUUGCACGCCUUCUUCACUGAACCCAAUAAGAAAUUCUUCGAUUUGGUUGGCAGGACAUUCGAUUGGCACUGAAUUAAUGUGUGCGCAGGUUCCAGCUGAGCGCUCUCUUUUUUUCUAAAAUGAAUUAUAUAUAAUGUACAAAAUUAUACUGGAAUGGUAAUUUAAGUGGGUUUCCUUAGAAUAAGUAAAUAUACAUGUAAGUAUGUCGAUCUUCAUUCAGAGCUAGCUAUAUUUUUCUACAUUGUGGCAACUAUGCUCCAGAUUCCAACGUGAGUUACCUUUUGCUUUCUCAGUUGUCUAACAGAACUCUUAGCAGAGAUACCAAUAUGUUUAGUAAAAGUUGGGGUAAGGAUGAUCAAUUCAGUAUAAUUGGUUCUUAAUUUAGUGAGAAAAAAUAUAUAGAUCUAUAUUCUUCGGUGUUUUCGAGAGCACGGGGUGAUCUUAGUGCAACAUAUAAGAUCCUGGAGGGGUAUGUGACAGGAUAGAUGUGGAGAUGUUUGCACUUAUGUGGACCUGUCAAACCUGGGAACAUAGUUACAACAUUGGAGGAUGGUCAUUUAGGGAACAUUGAUGGCUACAGGGAACUGGCACAGAAGAGGAGAUGGUCCAGGAUAGAUGUGGCAUGACCAUAUUAAUGAUCGGCAGAUAGACACAAAACGUUGGCUUAACUCAGCGGGUCAGGCAGCAUCUCUUGAGAAAAGUAAUAGGUGAUACUUUGGGUCGGGAACCCUUCUUCAGACCCAAAUAGUCAGCAGGCUUGAUGUGCUGAUGGGCCUUCUCCUAUGCCUAAUUUCUAUGUUCAUGAAAACAAGUCCCAACCAUGCUGUGUGAUAUUAUAAUACCAUAAAUAUAAAUAUAUAUAGUCCAUGUUUAUACUUUCCAAGUAUACCUGUAUCCCCAAAGAGUGCAAUAUUUGAUUGAAUUAUGUUAUUCACAAAGUUUUGCACAAUUGCUGCUAUUGUUUGUGGCAUUAAGCACUUCCUACAACUGGACAAUAACCUUUUCCGAUGGCAAGAGUGUGACAAGUAUAUCAAUAAACUGAGAGCGCCAUUUAUAUAUUUGCUAUUAGUCCCCACAGUGUUUCCAUUUUAUUUUAUUUUUUAUUUAUUUUCCACAGGAAGAGGAUAAAUAUAUGAAAGUUUUGUAUUUGAAUAUUCAUGCUAUCUUGUUUUUGGAUACUGUCAGUUUUUGUAAACUACGGAUUUUUCUGCUAAUAUUGUAACUAGACCUUACGUUAUGAAAUAAAGCAGCAGUGUUUGUUACAUGGAUAUCUCAUAUUUAUUUAUGUUAUUUAUUUAGGCCAAUUAUUUUUCCCAAAUCACUUUCAAUUAGAAUUGAGUUAAAUCAUAAUUACCAUUAAUUAUGAAUUGUGUUCACUUCAAUGCUAUGUUGCUUUAAUUAAACAGUUGCUUUUAUGAAAUGCUGAAGUAGAAUCCACUACCCCCUGCACUGAUCCUUGCCUACUUCCAAGAUUUUUAACAUUAAUAUAUUCUUCCUAUUUAGUUAACAACUUCCAUCUUACCCAAUGUGAAUACUACCUCCACUUCAGGACACAGCUAAACUUUAGACAAGUACCUUCCAUCUCCCCUUCCUCAGACAAACCCUUACACCUCCCCGAAUGUAACAUAUUCACCUCUAUAACAACAGGAACUUGAGAGGGCUUGAGAAUGGAAGCUAAACUGAUAGUGAAGAGAGGAAGGAUGCUAAUCAGAAACACUCAAUAUUGUGGGGACAAAAUGGGUCAGAUCAUCAAACUUCAUUUUAGCCAGGUUCCUUAAAUAUUGCCUUAAAUAUUUAAUGUAGGGCGUUAGAGAUGCUGCCUCACAGCACCAGAGAUCCGGGUUCGAUCCUGACCAUGGGUGCUGUCUAUAUGGAGUUUGUACAUUCUCCCUGUGACGGCAUGGGAUUUUUCUGGAUGCUCUGGUUUCCUCUCACAGUCCCACAUGUACAGGUUUAUAUGUUAAUUGGCUUAGAUAAAAUGUAAAUUGGCCCUAGUGUGUAGGAUAAUGCUCGUGUACGGGGUGAUUGCUGGUCGGCAAAUGUACCAAAUAGCUCCAGAAUAAGGAAGUGCACCUAGCUCCUCACAACAGGAAGGCAGUGAUUUUAAGUAAGUGGGCUGUAUCCCAAUGCAACGAAACAUUUGAGAUUUUGUUUCAAUCUGGAACUAAAUAAUUCAUAAACAUCCUGUGGUCUUCUGAAUGUACUCUGGUACACAAAGUCCUCAGCAGCAACCUCCUCUGACCUACCUGUAACCAGCCUCUGCUGUAACAUUUGUGAACAAGAAAAAAACUAGUCCACUAACGUGUUCACUUUAAGAAAGAGACAGAUAACCAUGUUCUUGUUUUCAAAGUAGAUACUGUACAAACAUCAACAGUUAUGAUUUAUUUUAUCAAGGCCUAUCAAUAAACAUGAGGGCAUAAGUGAUAGGAACAGAAUUAGGCCAUUCGACCCAUCAAGUCUACUGCCAUUCAAUCAUGGCUGAUCUAUCUCUCCCUCUUAACCCCAUUCUCCUGCCUUCUCCCCAUAACCCCUGACAACCUAAACAUCUGUAUGCGGUUGUAUUUGUCCAAAUGAUUUAUAGUGACUAAAUUUGUACUUCUAUCUAUGCAGGCUCACAUCAAACAUUCUUCAAUGAUAAUGUUUCUUUUUGCUUUCCAUUUGCAUCUUUAUACAGUACAUAAAUAUAAAGUUGUAUGUGAUCUAGUCACAGGGAGAUGAUGUUACUGUUGAGGCUGGUAUUGCGCCCAUCCCAAAUGGCCCACAAAUUCAGUGCCUUCCUAGCUCAUUUCAUGUACAACCACAAUGCGGUGUGCCUGGAGUCACACAUGCACCAGACGAGGGAGGGGUGGCAGAUUUCCUUCCCGGAUAUAUUGUUGCAUCUGUAUUUUAUACAAUGAUCCAGUAGCUUCACAAUCACCAUCACUGAUGUAAGUUUUUAAUACGAGAGACACAGCUUUUUAAUUGCUGACUUAUUUAAUGAUUUAAUUUUUAAUUCUCUAACUGGUAUGCUGUGAUUUAAAUUUAUAUUCAGAUCAAUACAAUCUGGCAACUCAACGACUAUGCUCACAGACUUGUCAGAGAUUUGAUGCUACAUCUACUCAUGUCACCGUUUAAUUAGAUCUCGGAAGACCAUUUCAACCUAUUAUUAUAUUCUUAACUCAGGGAGUAGAAAAUUGCUUCUAAAUAUAUCCUUCUUAGUCCAUCUGUAAUAUAAUUUAUAAUCUCCAAUGGUUCAUAUAAAAUUGGGGUAUCUCUAAUAUCCCAAGUAAAUCUAAUAAGGAGCUUAGUCACACAUCACUGAGUCAAAUCAUUAGAAGAUCAUUUGAUAUAUGUUCUUAAUCGGUAGGGUCUACUGUAACUAAGUACUUCACAUUAUUACUGGUAUCAGCUUAUUUUUAUUGCUGUUAAAUCACGGAGUCACUCAUACAAUUAUUGAAAAGCAAUAAAUUGAAGCCUAACUCCCUUGAUCAGGAAUAUUUAAAAAUCCACUUUCCUGUAAAGCACAUUAUAUUCUAAGAAAUACUGACAAUGCAUUCUGGCAGUUUGCCGAAGGAAAAUAAUUUUUAAUCAGUUGCAUUUUUUAUAUUUGUAUAAGCAUGGUGUAAUAAAGUGAUGCUUUGUAGUUUAAGUAUUUUGGAUAGAGCUGUGCAAAUAUGCAAAUUACAAUGUGUUCCAUUCAAUCAGCAUUGCAGUUAUUAAAAGUCCUUUUAACAUUU